AUGGACCGCCUGCGGCAGCGGCUCUAAAGGAGGUUGCCCGUCCGGUCUUAAGGCAGUAGCUUGAGCUCCCAGCCUCCUCCGCAGUCAUCCAGGAAUCCUUGCAACUCCGCCAGCAUGUCUCAGGCUGAGUUUGAGAAAGCCGCUGAGGAGGUUAAGCACCUCAAGACCAAACCAGGGGACAGUGAGAUGCUGUUUAUCUACAGCCACUACAAGCAAGCAACUGUGGGUGACAUUAACACAGAGCGACCAGGGAUGUUGGACCUCAAGGGCAAGGCCAAGUGGGAUGCCUGGAAUGAGCUGAAAGGGACUUCCAAGGAAGAUGCCAUGAAAGCUUAUAUCGACAAAGUAGAAGAGCUCAAGAAAAAAUAUGGAAUAUGAGAGACUGGAUUUGGCUGCCAGCCACACAUUGAACCUAAACUGAUGUAUAAUGCCUUGUUUUUCUAAUACUGUGGAUGAUGUACAAUAGUGAAAAUAACCAGCUAACCCCUUUCUUCAGGGCUGUUCGGGUUCUGGGUCUCGCAGAUGAGGGACUGAGACAAUUACUGGCUUUCCCUGAGUAGUUUUUAUCAGAGACCAAUUAAAAUUACAUUUGUUACUUAAA